AAAGAAGAAUAACUAUUGUUGAAACCUCUGAACCUCGUCCCGUUAGUAUGUUAAGAGUCACUAGACAGGUUCCUUCCACUGAAGUAACUUCUGAAACUAGAACCUUUAAAAGUCGUACCAUUGUUAAUUCUAUGAUGACAAUUGACGAAAAACAAAAUGUUGAGAAAAUGUGGGAUCAAUUUCAAUCUAAUGGAAUAAGUGCUUUAUCUGAUGAUUUCUUGAAAUUAUACUUUUCUCUCGAAGAAAAGUCUCGAGCUCCAAUAAAUGCCACCUAUGAUUUAAUGUUCAAUGAAUUUUCUAGAAAAGGUUUCAAGAGUUUUUACUUGGAUUUACCCAAAGUUGUUGUUGAGAAACCUAUCGAUCAAACAUUAGAUCAAACAUUAGAUCAAACAUUAGAUCAAACAUUAGAUCAAACAUUUGAUCAAACAUUUGAGCAAACAUUAGAUCAAACAUUUGAGCAAACAUUAGGUCAAAAAUCAGAUCCAACAUUAUUAGAUCAAACAUUAGGUCAAAAAUCAGAUCCAACAUUAUUAGAUCAAACAUUAAAUAAAAAAUCAAAUCCAACAUUAUUAGAUUCAACAUUAGAUAAAAAAUCAAAUCCAACAUUAUUAGUUCCAACAUUAAAUCCAAAAUCAACCCAAGAAAUAAUUCUUCAAGAUGGUGAUUCUACCAUUGAUGGAAUAAAAAAGAGAAAUGAUUCUGGAAUUUCUGUUAGAGAUACUGUAGUUUGGGAUAAUUUCUCAGAAAGUGGAUUCAAAGAUUCUAGAGAAGAUUUAGCAGCUGUUAGAUCUCCUUCAAUAAAAGAAUCUAUAUCCGAUAUGAGUAAAAAGGAUUCAAUGAUAACAUUCGAUAUUAAUCAAGAAGAAUCAUCACGAAAAUCUUUACAAAGCUCUGUGAUUUCAGCAAGAAAAUCUCUCAGAGAAAGCAUAAAAGGCAGGAAAAAAUUAGUCAAAUUCCGUUCUUUAAGAAAAUCAAAUGGGACUCUUUCUAUUGAUUCACGUGUUAAUGGAUCGGAAAGUAGUUUUUCUGAAUCUGUUCCUGAAAACGAUAAAGAAGAUUGGGAUGAUUGGGAUAUUAUUAGUAGUGAAGAUCUGCCCGUAACUACUCAUCUAUCAAUUGAAACAGUUGAUGAAAUCUUUCCUUACGUUUGGAUGGAAACUACGGCAAGUGAUCAAGGUGAUAGAUGGGGUGAUUGGGUUUUCAUUGAACCAAGAAAAGGAUUAGUACAUGAAUGUGAAUGGGUCAUGAUUGAAGAAAAAGCACAAAUAUUCACUGAACAACAAGUUACAAGAGCAUCUAGAAGAAGAAAGAUGAGCGCUAUAAGUUCAUUUAGUAUUCCAUGGAUUAGAGGAAAAGGGAAAUCAAGACCUGCAAGCAAAUAUAGUGGAAUAAGUGGAAUCAGUGGUGCAUCAAGUGUAUUACCACCACCUCCAGCUUCUUUGCAAGAAUUUAAUCGAGCUAGAACUGAUGAUAAUAUAUUUGCAGGUUACAAGUUUGGAAGACAAAAAAGUGCAACUAGAAUAACGAAAACUAAUACUGAUGAACCAAUCACGUGGAAUAAUGAGACGCAAACUUCUCAUACUAUACAGACAGAACAUAUUGUAGAGGAAGGAUUGGGUACAAUGUCAUACAGAGAAUAUAGCCAUUAUGAGACAGAAGCACAAUAUACUCAAGGAUACUUUAAUGAAGAACAAUAUCAAGAUAAUUCAGAAGAAGCCUUUGAACAACCUCAAUCAAAUUCAACGUACCAAGAUAACCAAAAUGAAUAUCAAGAAGCAUAUUCGGAAGAUGCCUAUCAACAAGAAUAUACUGAAGUAGAAAAUCAGGAUCCGAUGAUUUACAAUAAUAAUAAUUAUUAUAAUUCCACAGAUGAGAACACAAGAAGUUUCUACGGUCAACCAUCAAUAUUACAGGUACUUUAUCCUACAAAAUUUAAUCAAUCCAUUAGUGGACGAGUCACACAAAUCAACAUAUAA